GGUAAAAAAUAUCAGUCUAGAAAUAGUGCUUGUGUGACUGAGGUGAGUUGUUUUUGUUUGCAUUUCGCCUAAACACAUCAAAGAGCAUGCAACCAUAUCGUCAUAACGACUACAAGAUACUUGUCCGCUUGCCCGGCGCAAGUGAAUAUCAUGACGGGCAAGUAAUUGUUUUAUCUUGCUUGCCUUGCCACAAAAAGCUGGGCAUCUUUAAGUUUAUGUUUUCAUUGUCGAAUAAAUUUUUUAUAGUGCAUGUACUUGAUCAUUUGUUUUUUGUGGGCCAAAGAUCUGAGGCAGUAUAACAUAGCCAUAUAGAGCAGUGGGAGAAGGGGUCGACAUGUUUUCUCCUUAAUUUAUACCCCCUACCUAGGUACCCCAGUGGCCAUUGUCUGAUGGCAAGUAAAUUUUAUUCCGGGCAACUAAUAUUCGUGUCCAACUUGAAGUGGUCAAAAAAGUAAAGUUACACUACUGGACUAAAGCCGGUUAUAGACGAGUAAGAUUUCUAUGACAAGUUUUAUUCGUCUGUAUAGGCGACUUUGUCAAUUUUACUAUGACAAGUACAUUUGUUCAAAAGCUAGAAAAAAUUUGCAAAUUUUCUUCGUCUGUAUGGGUCAUCAAAGAAAAUUUUGCAAAGUAACCUGAGCACUUGCACCAAAGACUUGUCAUAGAAAACUUGCUCAUAGGAUAUUUCCUUCAUUUUCCAACAUUAUCAACCAAUCUUUGCAGUUUUACUCAUUCUAAGACGCUCUUUCUAGCUGUGGUGUUGGAUUUCGUUCUUCUUGCAUUGAUCAAAAUUUAGUCUAAAUAGUUGAAAUCCCCCAUUUUGGAACCAUCUCGUAAACUACCUCUCGUGCAUCCCUUUUAGAUAUAUUAUUACCGUAUCUUAACGGACUUAACCUCUCUAUUGCAAUAUUUCAGAAUGCUGUUCAAGAUGAUGUGUCGUAUUCAGAAGCUACAAAGACUGGGGUAGAAUUUACCUGUGUUGAUGAAAUCACGGAUGAGGAAGCGGGCUCAAUUGUAAGUGAUCAUGCAUGUAAUGUAGAUGCUGCAUUCAUUAUGGACUGCACGAAAUUAGUCUUUCCUACACUCGGCUUAUUAACCGCCAUUUUUUUGGGCUACUUUGCACGUAAAAACGCACAAGUUGUAACAAACCUGCAGCAGACUUGCAGCAAUGCUGUUCCAACAACUUGUCAACAGGAUAUGUUCGCACUGCUUGUCCCCAGCAGUGAAAACAAGCAGUUUUUUUGUUGUUGACAAGUUGUCAACGGCUUGUUGACAACUUGCUACAUACAAGGUUGUUGAUUCAACAGACUUGUUACAAGUUGUUCCAACGACUUGGUAUCGUCCUGUUAUUCAUCAACAACUUGAUCAACAACUUGAUAACAUUAAGUUGUGAGUGACAAACUUGUGGAAACUUGAUAAAAUAAUUUGUUGACAAACUUGAUUUGUUGACAAGUUGUGAAAUUUUUACAUGUGUAUUGCCCAGAAAUGUUCUGGGAUCUACAUUUUUGCAGACAUUAUUGAAAUAAUUAAAUACCUAAUUUAAAAUCUAGUAACUCUAUUCCUAAAUUACAGCGGAACGGCAUAAAAAAAAUUCAUAUGGCCUGCAGUGGGAAAUUUGUUUUUGAUUUUGUAAGACUGUAACCACUGUGACUACUUCAGGAUUUAUCAUGUAUUAGAAUGUUAGGGUUUGUAAUCCAAGUGAGAAUAUAUACAUUUUAAGACCUAACCAGGAACGAUUGCGAAAAAUGCAGCACAAGGUCCUCUGGUAGGAAUUGAACCUACGGCCCUGCGAUUCCGGUGCAGCGCUCUAAGACAUAUUUCAGUCUUCAAGACAUAUUAUAGCAACACUAUAAGACAGUCACAAUUAAACGACAAUUUUGUUAUUUUUCCCUAUUUAUUGUAAUCUUUCACAGAAAAUGUUCGGCCUUAAACCCAAGUUCCCUACCUCGGAUCAAGGGGGUUAAUUUCUUGUUUCUUAGACACAGCUGGCCAGUAGAAAUUCGUCAAAUUCCUAG